AUGCUCGCAGCAUACAACGCUUCUCAACUACGGAUUGAGUCUGGCAAACCACCGAUUAAGCAUGGCCGCUUCACCUCACCACAUCUAAUAGAUCGCUGGGAUUGCAUCACCAUUGACGAGAAAACAAUAUCCGAGACAAUUUUCAGGCAGGUCGAAGCAAAGGUUCUGGCGCGCAACAUAUCCGAAAACAUCCAAGCAACAGAGUUUGAACUGCUUACCGCGACUGCUUUUGAGAUAUUCACACUUGAGAAUGUGGAUAUCGGUGUCAUCGAAGUUGGUAUGGGUGGUCGUCUCGACUCUACCAACAUAUUGGGUCAGACAUCCGAGUUCGACGAGCUGGAGCAAAACCAACAGUACAGGCCGAAGCCAUUGGUGACUGCCAUUUCUACAAUCGCAUUAGAUCACCAAGGCUUUCUCGGAAACACAUUACUCGAGAUUGCUACUCAAAAAGCCGGUAUCGUAAAAUCAGGAGUACCGCUGGUUCUGGCAAUGAACGACGAGGCCGUAACGCAGCACAUUAUGCAACUUGCGUCCAAAGCAGGAGUGACACAAAUAUUGCACUCGAAAGAUACGGCAGGCUUCGAUGUGACUCGCGCAUCCAGCACGACUGAUGCAGGACAUGCUCGUCAACAAAAUGGUGCCAUGGCCUUCACAAUUACCUGGCUAUCGCUCAAGCGACUGAAUCGUCUUCCUGCUCCACCUACCACCCAAGCUGCCUGUGGCUCUUCCACCCUACGCAACGAGAUACGCACGUCAAGCCUUUCAACACUCGCAUCCACGCUACGCGCCGUCCCGCAGAGUGUCGUAUGGCCUGGCCGACUACAAGAUAUCAACAUGGCACCCCUUACCAGCUACACACCUGCAGCCCUCCUUGAUGGCGCGCACAAUGUCGAGUCCGCAACCGUGCUUGCCAAUACAGUACGAGAUCGUGCUCGCGACCGUCCAGUCAUCUGGGUUCUUGCUGCCUCGAAGGGAAAAGAUUUGACAUCCAUGUUCGAGCUGUUGCUUGCAGGAAGAUCUCGAGAUCGCGUUGUAGCCACGGAGUUUGGGGCAGUGGACGGCAUGCCCUGGAUCAUGGCGACACAAGCGGAGGACGUCGAGACAGCUGCAGCAAACAUAUUACCUGGAGAGAGUGUGGUCGUUGAGAAGGAUGUCGACGCCGCAUUGAAGGAGGCGUCCCGACUAGCAGAGGAGACAGAUGCUCUGCUCGUUAUUGCUGGAAGUCUGUAUCUCGUCGGCGAUGUGUUGCGCUUGGUGCGCAAUGCAGGUGGUCAAAUCAGUUGA